CACAGCAGUGCACUUGAUCACAUUGCAGCCAGCUGCUUCGGUCAUUUCAGUCACAUUGCCGUCUGUCUGUUUCUCCUAUUUACUGAUUCUAUCUGCGAGAAGAACAGCCCUAAGAGGAAUGCCCUAACUGACACGAUCGAUAUCCUUUAUACCCUCAUAUAUCCUCACUCUCUCGCACAAACAUAUACUCUCUCUCCCUCACUCACUCACUCAGCCUCAAUCCCUAAUUCACAUCCCAUUCACAUUCACACACAUACCCACAACCUCCACUCAUUGGCCCUCUCCCCCCUGCUCUCUCACCUGUACCAUCACACACAGCCACCCGUUGGCACCACAACAACCCUCCAAACGCCAACGCAGAGCUCGCCAAACCCGAUCCACCACCGUCGCUGUUGCUGCUCACUCGCUCAAGGAAGGUCAGCCCCGAUUUCCAGAGUGAACUACUACCCAGCAAGCCCAGUCCAGCGAUCCAGAGAGAGAGAGAGAGAGACAAGGCAGGCAGGGCAUAAACACGGAUAAGCAAGUUGUUUGGGUCUUUUCAUAAACAACACCUUGCGAUUCUGACCUUUUUUUGUUGUUGUUACUGCUAUCUACGACGGCUGGUUUAUUGACGGUGGAUAAGAGUGAAGGAGCGGCUGCUUUUUUUUGCUUGCUGAGGUGGUUGGUCUUGACCACGGGAGUUUGCUAGCUGGAUACCAGCCUGAGCGAUACAGACAUUCUACCAGACGAAAACACAAACAUACACAACCCACAACCACCACAACCCGCCAUUGAACACAAGAACCCUCUCACCAACACCCACGCGCCUGCACACCUGCCCAUGCAGCCCGCACCCACACGCCUCUGAAGCCCAAUGGCCCAGCACACCUCGCGCGGCCCGCCGCUGCCCGCGCCCACCGACACCUCGAGCAACUCCGGCGUCGGGGUGAACCACAGCGGUGGCGGCGCAGGCGCCGACGCAGCCGGUCUAGACGGCACGGAGCUCUCCCGCGUCACCGACCAGAGCGACCAGACGUCGUAUUCGAUCCCCGAGGAUGGGAGUCCCGUGACGAUCCCGACGAAUCGCAGGAGGGAGGGCGCGGAUCGCAUGUCGAGGGAGUCGCAUCCGUCGCAGACGUCGCUGCUGAUUGAGUAUUUUGAGGGGGGGAAGGAGAGUCAUGUCGAAUCGAGACGGCCGAGCGUGAGGGUUAAGGUCACGCCGAGUAGUGGGAAGAGUAAGGGGAGGAGUGGGGGGGGUAGCGGGCAUAUACAGAUUACCAAGUCCCGGUCCGGGGGGAAGGAGGAGAAGGACGGGGGGAGGAAACCGUCGUAUACGAAGCGCAUUCACCUGUCGUCGUCGGGCGGGAAUACGAAGAAUGCGCGAUUAAUAGAUCUCGACGGCGAUGGACAGAGUCUCAGCUCGUACGCCUCGGCGACGGAGGAGUCGAACGUCUCGCGCAACCCGAUCGAGAUUGAAGUUGGCCCUCGGCGCCACCGCAGUCCGCUGAUCCCUGACCCCGACGCCCCGAUCCGCGAGCAGGUUCUCGGAUCAGACGUCUCGUCCAUGCCAGCAAACAGCUUCCUCGAUGGAGACUCCGGCCUCCGCUCCGAGAGGGGAAGUAGGGGCUUCUCGAAGAACGAAGCGCUAAUCUCGGGAGCGGCCGCUGCACUAGGCGCCGCUGCUCUGGGUGAGGCACUUAAAGCCCCGGCCCGUCGCCGUAGUCGCAGCCUUAGCCGUGAGCGCAUCAUUACGCAGAAGGCGGCGGAGAAGGUGCGGAGCGCUAAGUCGGAGCAUAGGCAUAAGCACAGCCGUGACCGCAGUGUCAGCGAUAACGCUAAACGCGCCGAGAAGCACAGCGAGGUGAGUGGAGGGUCGCCGCGCAGGCGGUCGAGCCGCGGACACCACGAUGACUCCCUACUAAGUGGGGAAUCGAGUCUGCUCACUUCGUCUAAACUAUCAGAGCGGUCCCACCGCUCCGCCGCAUCGGGGAAAUCAUCAAUCACCAACCCGAAGCUCCUCGAGACCGUCGAGGACGCUAUCCGCCGCCUCAUCCUGCCGGAGCUCAACGCACUCAAGAAGGAGAACGCUAGCCGCGACAAGUAUGACCGCGAGCAGCGCGAGCCGCGCCACCGUCGCAGCUCCCUCACUUCAAGCAGCGCGCUCUCACAGGAGUCUCGUGAUGGUGAGACGCGCAGUAAACGCACUAGCGCCGGUGAGGCCUCGUUGAAAUCUAAACUCGGCGACGACCGCGACCGCAACGUCUCCUCCGGCACCGUGCGCCCCUCCAAAGACCGGCGCAGCUCGCGUGGUGGCUCUGAGUCUCCGCGCCCUCACACGCCGCGGACACCGCGUAGUGCAGACCGCAUGACGGGUGAUGAGUCGGCGUCGCGACAGAAGCGGAGCGGGGAUACUAAGAAAUCCGCGUUUGGCGCGCUGGCGGCGGGGAUUGGACUCGGUGCUCUUGCUGGAGGAUUGAAGAACCACAGCGGCGGGCAUGACGAGAAAGAUUAUGACGACAAAGAGCGUGCGGAACGGCGGAGACGGCGCGCGAGGAGUCGGAGUCGCGGGGAUGAUGUGGAGAGCUUUGAUCGUGCGGAGGAGGAGGUCCCGCCCAUGCCGAUGAUGAGUGAGGUUAAUGCGUCGGAUAUCACGCGUUCGUCUAUCUUGUCUGCGUCGACGGAGCGGCCGAGGUCGGCGGCGGCGGAGAAGGAGGGGACGCCGGUGCAGGAUGUUGCGAGGGGGUUUGGGAGUCCGUAUGGUGGGCAGGGGCAACGCGGGUUGGGGAUGAUGCAUCAUAAUGGCUCGACGCCGGAUGUGAGUCGGAUGGACUUGCGGAUGGGUGAGGGCGAGUAUGAUCUCGAUGAGUAUGGACGGAAAGUCCCUCUCAACCGAUCUGUGGACGAUUCCGCGUAUGACCAGCAAGCGUACCACGACGCCAACAAGGGCGGUUAUGGCAAAGCAGCCGCUGCGGCAGUUGGUGGUGGAGCUUUGGGUGUUCUAGCAGCUAACUCAAUGGCGCAUCAUAACCAACACCCCGACCCGCACCACGAGGACGACGCGCGCUACCUCGACGAAGAAGACGAUGAUGCGGAUGCGGCAUACUACGCACACACGCAACACGUCCCUUCGCCGCUCAAAUACGUGCCUUACAACCAGGAAAAGCGCGGCCUCUCACCUAUCCAGAGCGUCUCUGGCUACACGGAGGCUGAUGAGCAGGAGCGUCUCCAGAAACAGCGCGAUUCGAGAGCGACGAUGACGCAGAGUUCGCGCUCGCGCGGAUCUCUGGCUUCGACUUCGCUUGAUCAGAGUCCUGCGCACAAGGCGGGGUCUAUCCGCUCUGAUGGCGUUCUGGGCGUUGACCCGCGCAGUUUCGAUUUCAGGGAUGUCCGGAUGGGUGGGCUCACUGACUCGGAGCUUACUCAAGAGGGAGAUCUUGAUCACGACGCUGAUGCGGAUGCGGAUGCUGCGUCGGAAGCGGAGUAUCAGCGUCACCGCAGCGCGGCGUUUGAGGGAGGCGACUGGGCGGGCGCGAACCCGGAUUAUGUCCACACGCCUGUAGCGGUCGAAAGCGCCGUCGCCAGUCUGCUCGACGCGAGUGUCCUGACUGGACUCACAGGGGAGCCGAGCCCAGCGCUCGAGGGUGGAUAUGAGAGUCACCUCGGCGACGCGAAGGGUGCUGGCGCGGGGGUGAAUCGCCAGGCUAGCUAUGCGUCCUAUGACGAGGGUUCUGAGCGCCGCUUCACAGCCAAGGGGAUUAGUCCCGCUCCUGUCGCGUCGCCUUUAACUCGCGACCUCGGCCCUAUCGACAGCCAUGGCGUGGACACCUACCCCGAGUACGAACUGGACGAGCAAGGUCGCAAGAUCACAAUGCCGAAUUACAAGCAGCACAAUAGCGGGAAAGACGCCGUAAUCGCUGGCAUCAUUGGUGCAGCAGCCGGCACCGCAGCUACGAUGCUGGUUAACCGCCACGAAGUCCCCGAACAGCACUACGCCCAGCAGCAGCCAGGGGGGGGACAUGAUCAGAUCCCCGGCGCGCCGCUGCAGAAAUCCUUCAAAGACCGCGCGAGGGAUUAUAUCCCCCCCUCGCCAAGGAGGGGGGACAUGUAUCUCGACUCCGACGAGGAGAGUUCAAGGGCUAAGAUGAGCGCUAAUGCCGCUCCCGGGAUGGGCGAUCCAGUCGACCCCAUGUUCGCGGAGGACGCGAGUGUUACUACGAACCCGAGCGUUAUUAAUGGACCGAGCGAACCGUAUAGUCCCGCUGAUGACCGCGAGGUCCAACAGGGUGAUAGGGAUUGGUACUACAAGACUCCCACGCCGACGCGGAAGGCUGUCGGUAGCGGUAGCGCUGGGAGCGGGAGCGGGAGCGGACUCCUGCGCGGGGCAGAUAGCGAUACCGGACUCCGCGCCGCGCAGAUGGGACUUAUGGAUUCUGCGCCCCUGGUGGCGAAGGGACAUACGAGGGACCAGAGUCUGGAUGAGGAGUGGCACCGUACAUCUGAUGAGAGGAAGAGGGAUACACUUAUUACGAACCCGUAUGAGGGCUCCAGCCCCGUCACGCUGCUCGGGGGGGAGAAAGAUCGGAAUCUCCUGGGUCAGCUCGGGUAUGAGGGCGUGCGCCAAAAUCUCGGUGGUGAGGCCGGGGGGUAUAAUAAUGGGAGCCCCGGCGCGGUGCCGAAGGAUGAGGGGUAUAUCUCCUCUGCGCCCAAUGCGCGGUCGCCGGGGGUGGUGACGCCGGAGCCGAAGAGGGGGGUGGUGGGGUUUACGGAUUUGGAGGGGAUGGGGCCGGGGGAGUUUGACACGGGGGCGGGGGAUCCGUUUUAUACCCCGCAGCUGCAGAGGCAUCAGAGGCAGUUGAGUGGGAUGUCGCAGGGGAUGGAGUCGCCGCUUUAUGAUGGGGCGAUGGGGAGGCAUAGGGAGGCUAUUAAGAGUAAGGAUAUUGUGGCGCUGAUGGAUCAUCUCACCGUCCGAGACGCCCAGCGCAACGCCCGCGACACCGAGAUCCUGGUAACCCUCGUCCGCGCCGCCGCCGAGAUGCGCAACUCCUUCGAGGACAUGAAACGCCUCCUCGCCGACACCGAAGACGUAGUCAUCACAGAAGUCCAACGCAACACCGACAAAUCAAUCAUGAAAGCUAUUAACGGCCCGCGCCCGCUCCCGCAAUCCGUCAAGUCCCUCCGCUCCGGCACAGGCGAUGACGACGACCUCCCUACGAAGCGACGGAACGUGUUUAAGCGCGCUCUGAAGGGGUUGAGUAUGCGCUCUACUAAUGAUCUUGCGCAGAUUGAGCGGAUGCUUGUUCAGCUACUGGGAGAUGUGGAGGGGUUGAAAGUAGCGCAGGGAUUGUCGAGUGUAGCGCGCGAGGGGGGGUUCGAGGACGACGAGUAUGAUGACGUUCAUCAGGAGGGCGCGGCAGAGCAGGAUCGCGGAUACGAACCUGAAGGCCACGCGGGCACCACGACAGCCAGCCAUGCCAGCCAGAGCGGACAUUUCUCCAACCCCCUCUCGCGCGGCACGAGCGCGUCGCAGGGCUUCGGCGGGGGGGGGAGGAAGCUCAGCGAGAACAGGGUUAGUACCGUCCCCGAGGACGACGAUGAGGAUGAUAACAAUGUCGUCCUCGAUUAUCGCGAGCAAGCUAUCCUGGAUAAUGCGUAUGAUGACGCGGAACCGCUUUCCCCGCUCGACGAACGUAAUCCGCGCGCUGGAUCGGCACCGCUGGGCACCCCGCCCCAGCGCGUGGAGGCGGCGAAUUUGAGUCAUGAGAAUACGCCUCGCACGGAUAAGAGUAAGAAGCAUAAGUCAUCGUCGUCGUUUGGGUGGAAUCCUAUUCCUAAGAUCUCGAGGUGGAGUGAGACGACUGCUAGUACUGUCGCCAAGGGGUUUAGGGGGAGUGGCGGGAAAAAAGACGCGGCCCCGAAUUCGCCGGGUUCGAAUAGUCAUCCGCCGUCACGGAGUGGGAGUGAUCUGGGGAAUUACGAUCAUGAUGUCUACGGGGCGGGGGAUAAACUGCACAGUGGUUUCUCGGCUGCUACGCUACCGCUGCAGCAGAGCGCUGAUAGUUUUGUGCAACAAACUGGCAACUCCUCCUCCCAGCAGCAGCAGCAGCAUCACCCAGAAGAUCUCUCGAACCUCCCCCCCCUCCUCCCCCCGGAAGACCCAAAAUACAAAGCCCACCGCAACUCCCUGAACCUCCAGCACCCGCAGCCACGCACGGGCCACCAUUAUCAGGGCACACUGGAGAGGGAGGCGCAGGAUUUCAGGGGCAUGGGGAGUCCCCGCAGCGUGGACUGGGGGAGUACCACUAGCCUUGACAGGCUACCACAGAACGCAAACGUGAAUCGCUACAGCAACGGCACCACGGGGACGGAGGAUAGUCAGGGGGGGCAGGGGCAUUAUGAUGAGGGACCUGCGAGACCGCCGAAGGAACCGUUGGAGCCGGCGCAGUACCCACCCAAGCCGGCGGUGAGGGGAGGGAAAUUGACGAAACCCAGCCCCCUCGCCACAGAACAGCGUAUCGACUACUCCGCCACCAACAACGAGGAUAAUGACACACGACGCAGCGCCAGCGCAGCUAGUAGCGCGAGGACCUACGAGGGGAGUCCGAGGGCUGUGCAUAGGAGUGUGAGUGGGCUUGCGGCGGUGCCGACGAGGAAACCGACUGGGCCGAGGAGUAUGGGUAGUCCAAGGGGUGCUGGAGCAGUGGCUGGGGGGGGGAGUGGAGCAGGAAAUGGAGGGGAGGGGGGUGCGGGGAAGCGUGGUGAGUCUUCGCCGAGUCCGGGGCCGGGGGGGGAGUACCGGUAUUGGUAGACCUCGUAGUUGGCUGUGCUGGUGGGCGCGGGCGGCGGGAAAGGGGUGUUUUUCUGUUGUUAGUGGUGUUGUUGUUUGUUGAGGAGAAAGCUGAUUGUUGGUGAUUUUUUUUUGCAGAUACGUUUGGAUUUGACGGUACCACGGCGCCGCCUGUGCUGAGGGAAAGGUGGAGUGGGGAGAGCGAGUGUUUCUAGAUCCCAUCCGCGCCGUCGAUUUUUGUCGUUUUUGCGAUUUGUUUUUCUGAGAGAGAGAGGGAAGUGUGGUUUGUUUUUCGUUUGCGAUUUAGGCGGAGAAGGAGGAGAUGAUGACUUUUAUGACGACUUACUAUAUUGAGGGGGUUCCGUUUCUUUUCUUUUCUAUCCUCUCUCUACCUCUCCCUUGAAAGAUACAGUUUUUUUUGAGAGGGA